AUGCUGCUGCUUCGUCUCUCCCUCACCUGCGUCUGCGUCCUUACAGGUGAGACUUCUCAGAAAAAAGACUCAAACUUCUGUAAAAGGGACAGAAAAAAGGAUUUAAGCCUGAAACUGUUUUUUCUUUGUUUUAAUCUGAAAUCUUCGUUAAUUAAAUCUGAAUCGAACAGAUGAGGAGAGUUUGUCUCGAUGGGGUUUAAACAUUUAAACUUUGACCUCCUGAUCGUCUCUCGUCUCGCUCCCUCACAUCUACUCUCACAUGUUUAACGCUGUUCGCUGUUUAUGUGACCGAUUGGAAAUGUCUGCUGACAAGUCGACCAAUCAGGACUCGACGUCGUUUCCAUGUAAAGUCGGUGAGAAACAGACACUUUAUGGUUUGUAUGAAUGAAACUCUGAAGAGUUUUCGUCUUUGGGUGACGUUUGUGAACCUCCGCACAGUUUCAGGUUUUUCACUUUAUCAUAAACUCGAGUCUAAAAUCUUAUUAGAACUAAAUCUGUUAUGAAAUCUUUAAAAUCAUUAUAAAGUUGUUUAAAAAGGUCGAGUCUCCUCUCUUGAUCAGGGAUGUUCGUUUCCCUCCGUUUCCUGUCCUCAUGUUGAGCUAGGCUAACCUCACAGCAGAACCCCUAGUGGUCAUCAGAGGAACUGCAGCUGUUGGUUUGAACAGAUUUGUAUUCUGUGUCGUUUCAUUGGUCAGUGCCUGUCACCCUGGCGCGGGUUACCACGGACACAGUGGUGGGCGUGGCAGGGAGGAGGGUGAUGCUGCCGUGUCGUGCGGAGGCGGUGGGUCAGCCGGGUGUGGAGGUGUGCUGGGGGCGGGGCGAGCCGUCACUGUUCACCUGUCACAACACAGUCCUCAACACUGCGGGGGAGCAGACCACCUACAGGAAGUCCAAGAGGUAUGAUGUCACUCAGGGAUGAUGUCACUCAGGUAUGAUGUCACUCAGGUAUGAUGUCACUCAGAGAUGAUGUCACUCAGGGAUGAUGUCACGCAGGGAUGAUGUCACUCAGGGAUGAUGUCACUCAGGGAUGAUGUCACUGAGAGAUGAUGUCACUCAGGGAUGAUGUCACUCAGGGAUGAUGUCACUCAGAGAUGAUGUCACUCAGGUAUGAUGUCACUCAGGUAUGAUGUCACUUAGGGAUGAUGUCACUCAGGGAUGAUGUCACUGAGAGAUGAUGUCACUCAGGUAUGAUGUCACUCAGAGAUGAUGUCACUCAGGUAUGAUGUCACUCAGGUAUGAUGUCACUCAGAGAUGAUGUCACUCAGGGAUCAUCGCUGCGUUACAGUUUUACUCAAAAGUCGAAAUUUCCGAGCUCUGAGUCAGAAAUUCAUCUGGAUCGACCCCCUGAAGUCGGAUUUCAGACUCGGAAAGUCGGAUGAUUCUCGCCAACCCCGACUUGACUACAAGGUCAUAAUCCAAGAUGGCAGCACAUCAACAGUAAAGAGUAACAGUGAAAGCUUUCGUGAUGUUUUUAUUUAUUAGCGCUUCUGUUUAUUUUUUAGUUUUAAAUUAAAUCAGUGGUUUGUGUUGUUCUGACCAACGUCUAACUGUGAGACACGCUGCUGUGGUGUUUGUACGAGUAAAUACUCUGUUUACAACUGAUAUAGCUAACAGCAACUGACAACCGCUAACGAUGGCUAACAGCAACUGACAACCGCUAACGAUGGCUAACAGCAACUAACAACCGCUAACGAUGGCUAACAGCAACUAACAACCGCUAACGAUGGCUAACAGCAACUGACAACCGCUAACGAUGGCUAACAGCAACUGACAACCGCUAACGAUGGCUAACAGCAACUGACAAUUGUAGACAACAGCUAACAACGGGUAACUGUAGGCGUCCAUCUUGGUUUUCCGACUUGUUAACUGGAACGCCGUCAACUCGGGUCAAUCCGACUUCCGGCGGUACUAGAACGCAGCACAUGUCAGUCAGGGAUGAUGUCAUUACAGGUGAUCUCUCUCUGGUCCAAUCCCAGUCCGCCCCCUAAAAACUCCCCCGUCACUCCUGAGUGUCUCUCAUCAUCAAGUUCCACUCACACCUGUGGAGUGGGAGGACAUAAACAAGACGGGCGGGUUUGGGACGCCCUCCUCACUCCACAGGGAAACAGAAAGAUUCAUCGCCAUAGCAACACAAAGAUGCGUCCUGUCCAUGACAGCGUUUCUUCUCUUAGUAAACGGACAUCAUGUUCAGUUCUGAUCCGUCUGCCUCGUUUCUUCAUGAAUCCAGGAACCAUCACAGAGACAGGAACUAAAUUAACCUUCUGAUUGUUGGUGGUUCCACACGUCUUUAAACUCCUUUACUAUUGGACAAGUUUCUGACCAAUCAGAUCAAACCUCGGCUCAGAGGAAGAUUUCAGACUUCUAUUUUAACUUUCCAAACCUCGUCUUUGUGAGACGAAGGUGGACACAAACAGAACUUAGAUUUGUUGUUUCCUCCUGUGAACCCCGCUGUCACUGAGCAUCGGUGCAGACUCGCUAUUUAAGGGCUGGACGGUCCACUCCUCACUCUGCGGAGCCUCCGGGGGGACGCGCCAACGGAGGGCGAGUGUGUAGGGGGCGGUCUGAGAUUGGGCCUCUCUCUCCCUUUGCUCUGCAGGUACUCCUCCUCCUCCUCCUCCUCCUCCUCCUCCUCCUCUCUCUUCAUCCUGAACACUCGUACGUCAGACUCGGGUUUCUAUCACUGCAGAGUUCAGCUCUCUGGUCCGUUCAACGAUCAAACCUCCACCGUCCACCUGAUCGUCAUCCAACGUACGUCUCUAAAUUCUUAAUCUGUAUUUAUGGAUUAUCCUGGAUUAAAUCACUGACCUCUGACCUUCUGCAGCUCGCCCUGUGGUCUCUGAACCCACAGACAGAGAGGAUGCUGGGAACCUGGACUCUCUUCUCACGACACCAGGUGAGUCCAGAGGUGAGCGCUGACCCUUCAUGACCUGGUUCAGUGUUCAGAACUCGACAUGAAACUCUCUGCUCCACAGAUUUGACCACAGGAGGCGUAACAGAGCCGACAGGAAAUGACAUCACAGGAGGCAGCUUCACAGAGCCGGUGCUGGCGUCAGUUCAGGUAACGACCACUUAAGACAGAGCGGUUCAGGACUCUGAGGAACCAGACUUUAUGGAGGUCAGGUGACUCAAAGGGGGGCGUGGCCCAGGGGUAGAGCGGGUCCUCUCCCUGAUUUAAGGUCAGGGGUUCAAUUCCAGGGCAGUCCACAGACCGAAGAGUCUUUGGGCCCCAGAGACGAGACUGAAGGUCUGAGGGAAGGACAUCUCAUGUCUCCUCUGUCCUCUCUCAGUGGAUCUUUGAUGAGAGGGACUGAGACCCAAGGAAAGGACACAAGUGAAGGAUGCAGGGAAGCAAAGACACUGAGACGUGUCGUAUGGAGAGCUAGUCCAGGCGAGUGACUCCGUAGAUAAAGUCACUGUCAGAGUUUUUAGCAGAGACCUCUGAUCAUGGACGCUGAUCAAACACGUUCCUCUUGUUGUUUCAGUGACACCGUUACCAUGGAAACGGGUUAGUAAACAUGUCCAUCCUCUACUUGUGUGUAUGUAGUCAUCUGUCCAGAAGCAGGAGCAGACCGACACUCUGCAGAUCUUCAUCGGGAACACGCUGAGAGCCUCCCUCAUCAUCUUCAUCCCCGCGCUGAUGCUGACCGCCGCUCACAGUCAGUACACACCUGUGUGUGUGUGUGUGUGUGUGUGUGUGUGUAACAACACACUCUGAUAACAGGCGUUUUGAUUUUCUACAUGCAGGAGUCUGGAGAGCCAAUAGGGGAGCAGAGAAGGACAAGAGGCUGGACCAAUCAGAGGAGGAGGAGGAGGAGGAGAGCUCUGUGUAG